AUGUUACAAGCGUUGGGAUUAAGAUCUUCUCCUAAGAUACCGGAAGACCAGAAGGUGUCGCGGAUUAUAACGCAGGCCCUUCAAUACGAGAAUGCGCUGAAGGCCAUGGACUAUUUUCUGGACGAUAGGUCGAGCGAGGGGCUCAAGUUACUGAAGGACCACGACCAGUCCGCGAUCACGCAGCUGGCGUACGCCGUGAUUCAGUUUAUUGAGGCCACACUGGGAUUUGAGGCCGCCACCAUGAAAAAGGCGAACGACGCGCUUGUGCUUGCGGAGAACAUGUCGUGGAAAGAGAAGACGUUUGCGGAGAAGAACAAGAUCCAGACGUCUGCUAUUUAUCCUCCCGGCACCGAAUGGGCCGUUACUUACGCGGAGGCAAAUUUGUUGAGCGCGCUGCUCAUGCUCUUGAGCGAGAGCAUGGUCGAUAGUGCGAAAGCACUUUUGAAACUCAGGCGUGCGUACCAUACUUUGGACGACAUCAGCAAGAAUAUGGAGCGGAACUCUGUUGAGAACGGGAUGAGCAGCUCGUCGGUUAACAGCGGCUCGUCAAGCACGAGUACCGCCUCGUCGCAGCGGUUUGCAGACGUUCCCGGACUUUCGAGCGAGCAGAGCGUGAAGGACGAGGAUGUUAUCCGGCGGCUCGAAAAACUGUACAGGGUCAGGAAAGCUCGGAUCGACGGCGAGCACAUUGGCAACCCGCCGGCUUCCGAGUCGCUCAGGCACAACUUGGGUUUUAAGGAGAGACAGAAGGGCGAACUGAGCGACACGAUGGGUUUCACGGUAGAGUACGGCAAUUCGGACGUGCCUACAAUUGACGAGUUCAUCCAUUCGGGAGUGAACCUUUGUUUUGGAAUUUUGCAGGUUGUUUUGUCUUUGAUUCCACCAGCUAUUGGAAGAGUUCUGUCCGUGGUUGGUUUCAAGGGAUCCAGGGAGCACGGGCUGAAAAUGGUUUGGAACGCGGCGAAAGAAAGAAAUAUCCACGGUGGACUGGGGCUUCUGGCGCUGCUCGUGUUUUAUGACGGGCCUUUCCAAUUCACAGACGUUGAUUUUGAUCUCCCGUCCACUAUAGAGCUCAAAAAGAUGCACUCGCAGUCAGGGCAUGCGCUUGCCGCUACUGGGACUGUGGGUCGGAAAGCAAAGGCGGAGCGCAAGAUGGAGCUAGAAAAAAUGGCAAGCGUCGGGGACGGUGAGCCGACACUGCUGCAUCCAGGGCCGAAGCUUGUUUCUGUGCUGUUGCAUGCCCGUGCUCUGUUCCCGAACGGCAAUUUGUGGCUGCUCCAAGAGUCCCGGAUGCUGGCCAGCCGUGGUCGGCUGGAGGAGGCGGUGGAGCUAAUGGAUACUGCGCAUAAGUCGGAGAUGAAGCAGGUAGAUGCGCUAUUGGGCUAUGACCGUGCCAUGAUACUGGCUUUCAUGCACAAGUUUGACCGUGCCGGUAGAGAAUUUUUGGAGCUGGUCAACAUCAAUUCUUACUCACACUGUCUCUACACCUAUUUUGCGGGAGCAUGCUACCUGGAAUGCUACCGUAUGUGCAUCACAGGACUGAAUAUUGAUUCCGAUGUCCCAGAUAAGGUGGAUCUUACAAAAAAAGAUUAUUACAAAGAACAGGCUGAGAAACAUCUCAGGGCAGCUCCGUCGCUGAUCGGCAAGAAGAAAUUCCAAUCCAAGAUUCCUCCGUUUGAAAAGUUUAUCGCGAGAAAAUUGAAGCAAAUCGAGAAGACGCGGCAAGCCACGGGACUGCCGUUUCUGGAUUGUAUCGGAACAUCGCUGAUCCAUGAGCUGGUGUAUUUCUGGAACGGCUACAACCGAAUGACGGAGGAGCAGCUCAGACUUUCUAUCAAGCUUCUCGGCUACUCGGCCGACGCAAUCAAGGACAAGGACUUGGACCUUGAAAAUCCAGCCACGCACAAGCCGUAUAGCAAGAUCAGCGAGGCGCGCGAGGAGGCCAUGAUCAGACACACUUUGCAGGCAAUUUCGCUGAGAAGAUUAGGCAAAAUUGACGAAGGGGGCAAACUGCUGGACUCUACCGUCAUAAGCAACAUGACAGAGACGGGAAAGACUGGCGUGAACCAGAAAUUGCUCAAGUUGACGGAAAACCCGUGGCUUUAUCCGACUGCGUUAUACGAAAAGGCACUGUUCUGCUGGAAACAGCAAGGAUUUGAUGGCCUGGAAGAGUCCAAAAAUUGGCUUAAAAAAUCUCAAACAUACGGGGGAGACGACUACGAGCUGAGCACCCGGGUGUCCAUGAAAACGAAAGCCGCUCUUGAUAGAUUAGAAGACAUUCGUAUUUAA